UUUACCGAAGAACUUAUUUUCGAAGUCCGCCAGGUUUGAACCCCAGCACCAUGUCUCCUGUUUGGAUCCUCGUCCUCCUACCAGCCUUGGCCAUGGCCGACAGCUUUAGUGAUGCCGACAAAAACAAAGAUUCCACCUUAACUGAUGUUGAAAUUUUAAACUACGCCAAGCAAUGGGAUGCGGACAAAGACGGCAACAUCGUACAGAAAGAGUUCAGUAAGUUGAUCAAAGACUUACUGCCUGAAUACGCCGCCUACUCCACGGCCAUGUUCAAAGCCUGCGACAGCAACAAGGAUCAAAAGCUCAACGCUGUCGACAGCGCGGCUGUGCUGAAAAAGAUCGACACCAACAAGAACGGAAAAGCGGAGAAGUCCGAGUUCUAUGUAUGGGGUUCAAUGCUAGCAGUUGACGCGCUCUUUGCUUGAGAGUUUUCAAACUUAAUAUUAUACCUUUGAGAAUUAUAUAAUUGUUUUCGAUCAUGAAAGAAUAAAAUUAAAUAUUUUCAUGAG